GCUGCUGUCACUGCGCGAGCAGCCAGGGCUUGCUGCGCCAAAACGGAUGCCGCACUGCGAGUCCCGUCCAGCAUAGGGUUGAUUGGCGAACCAUUGCUGCGUUGUGCUGCCUCCUGCUGCCGGCACCCGCCUGCUCGCCAUGGAGCCCCAUCAGUAUGCAUCAGCCUCUGCCUCCUCUGCAUCGCGCUCUGCUACUACUGCACAUGCUACUGCCGGCCUGGAGUCCCCGCCGAGGAGUCCUCCCAUUCCUCCCAGCAUCCGGACGAGCUCACGAGGCUUUCGCGACGGCCAAACGACCAAUUCACCACCGGACUGGCGUAGCGGCAGUGGGAGUCCUCCUCGCACGCCGCCUCCUCGAACACGCAGCGAACGGAAGGGCAAACAGCCAGUGCGUCCCGGCGACAGCCCCAACUCGCCCCAAACCAUCACGGCGCCGUCCGACCAGCAGCGGUACUCUCAUGGGCUGUCGUGGCACAUGACGACGCGCGAUUCUGUUGUCGACAACCUCCUACUCUCGCUCGAUUCCUUCUCGCACCAGGACAACAGCGCAAUGGCGGAGCCCCAAGAUCUCGAGCGCCAUACCUUUCUACAUUCCCUCACUGGCCAGUUCCCAUCAGGCCUGACCCAGCAGCGCGCCAGAGGGCAUACGCAUUCAUCUUCCGAUUCCGAGUUCGCGCGACACGUGGAGUCUCCAGGCAAUCGUUCCAUCCAGUCUGGCCGGGGCCGACGCAGCAAUAGUAAUUCGAUAUCUGGUUUUGGACAGAGCUUGACGAUGCGUCUGAAGCCGGGCAGUAUGGGGCGGCAUAGUAGCGAUACGCAGAGAACAAUCAAUAACAAGAGCGGCAUGACAAACGGAGAAACGAGCAAUAGUCAUGCCAAUGGCGCAUCGUUGGAGCCCGCUGCCAUGCCAGCAUUCGCGCGGCGCUCAGUGAGCAUGGAGCAUAUAACAACGGGAUCGGGCGAGCCUUCCGUGCUCACGCGUGGGCGACCGGUGCCUUCUAUACACAGCAGGUACGAGUCGAACAACGAAUCAGAUGGUGAAGCCGCACCAGAACCAGUCAUCGCAGCCGGCCCACGGAAACAGCUCAACCCCACCGCGAAUGGUCCGGUCUACGUCAAUUCUGCAAACCCCAAGGCACAAAAGCCGAACCAAUUGCGCAAACAGGCCACGCAGGAUAACCUGCGUGGAAAGUCUGGUUAUGCGCCAAAUCUCAUUCCACCAGAAAUUAGGACCCAAGCUGCGGAUUUCGUCAGGACGGAGAGCAUGCGAGCCGGAAUCACGGGUCUGCACCCGCCAUCCGCGCAGACGACUGUGCCAUCCAGUCCUGGAAACCAGGUUAGAAGAAGAGACCCUUCUCCCCCACGAGAGAAGCAGGGCUUUUUUAAACGCGUUUUUGGAGGAAGUUCACGCGUGGUCUCUUCGCCCACUGAACGACCCAGCUCCAAGCACGUCGGCCAAACUGCGACCAAGUCAGAUGCACCUCUUCGGUCGGUGUCCCAAGCAUCCGCUGCACAAACUCCCAAUGCGGAGUCGCAGCAGACACCUAUCGUCAACAUGCCCACCACAACUCAGACGCUCAACAAGAAGCCCUCUUCAUUUUUCAGACGACGCAAGAAGUCCGCAUCAGAAACACUGCAGCCGCCACCACUUCCACUCCCGUCUGAAACUCCCACGAACUUUACUGUGAACCAAGCUCAACCCAGUCCGUCGAUCAGCAGUCUACGCAAGGUCAUGGAUCCAUACCUUUCCCAAGACACACGUGAUGUCAAUGGCACAGCCAAGUCCAAGGAUGAGACGGUGUCACGACCCACAACCAGUGACACCAAAACAGAGGACUCCGAGGACCCCGACAUUUUUCAUUCCGGCUACACGCCACCGCUUGAUGCAUCGCUUCAAUCACGAUAUCCAAUACCGGUGCAGUACGGAAGUCCGAAGUCGAAGCUGAAAGUCAAGAAACGCAAACCGGACGCCCUGGUCACAGCGGGCAACAAGGGUUCUGAAGACGAGCGGGAACCCAGCAAAGAAACGGUGCGUGGGACAGUGGCUGAUCCAAGCAACGAAACGGGCAGGGUAUCACCGAUUGGUGACAUCCCUCCCGAUAUGAUUGCCCGCGACUACAACGACCUUCUUCUUGACAGUAGCAGGCCCAGCACUGGCGAUCGUAUAAUUAGGUCCAAGGCAGACAGUCCAGAUCUACUUGGUUCUGACAUGAAAGACUCUGCCAUCGAACCCAACACCGAGUUGAGCGUCAAUGAAGAUGGCUGGUACGUCAGAGCGCACUCAGGGCCGGAGCGGCCACCUUCAAAGACGUCCGACCGGCUGGUGCUGAGGCCAACCGCGUCUGAGGAGCGUCUCAACAGAGACGGUGACCUAUCCGCCACUGAAGGCCAGACAAUACUCGCUGCCCGGACCUCGAACGCACUCGCGCCUGGACCCACUGUCAGUCAAGCAACACAGCCAGUUUCGUCUGCGCAGACAAGCCCCGUCCCGCAGGCUCUACUACCUAUGGUAACGGUCAACAACAGUCAAGUCAACAAUGGUCCGGUCAACCACGGCUCGGUGUCGCGGAAGUCUAGUGACCCCACAAUCAUUCGGGUUCCCUCUCCUUUGACAGAGGACGGCGCCGAAUACAAAGAACGCGCGCGCAAGAUUUUCGAUGGCGAUGAAGAGGAUGUCCCCAAAGCGGACGCUGCUUCCUGGCUCGGCGAGCGGAAUACGCUCAGCACGAAAACACUUGCAGCAUACAUGGGGCUGUUUGAUUUCUCCGGGCUGAAUGUGCUGGCUGCUUUGCGGCUGCUUUGCAGCAAACUAACCCUCAAAGGAGAAACGCAGCAGUUCGAUCGUAUCAUCACAGCUCUGUCUGCACGAUGGUGCGAGUGCAACCCAAACCAUGGAUUCAAAGCGCAGGACGUCAUACACACCAUUUUCUAUUCAAUCAUUCUUCUAAACACAGAUCUGCACUUAGCAGACAUCGAGGAGCGCAUGUCGAGGAGUGCGUAUGUCAAGAAUACUUUGCCAACCAUCAGACGUGUAGUGCAGGACGCUGCACCUGACGCGUUUGGUGGUACCAUUAAACCAACGCCCAGCGCGCUGCGACCAACAAUGCCUUGGUCCAAUUCAGGUCCUUCUGAACCGACUUCGCCGAUCAUGACACCUACGUCGCCAUCAGCAAUAGCAGAGCGGACCGACUCGAACACGAUGCUAGAGCCCGCUUCUGCCUCAAGCUUUGCUGUCAACUCCAAGCGAUUGUCUAUUCGACCAUCUGCAGUGCGCAACGACUCCGACGUGAUGACACCGGAAUCUGCAGCUAACGGCGUGUCGAAUGCAUUGGUCAGCAGCCCUUGGACAGGCAAUAUCCGAGGAUGGGAAGCAGAAUUGGAAACUAUUCUAAAGUCAUUCUUCACUUCGAUCAAGACCGAACCUCUUCCUUUGCACGGCGCCACGGCACAAGAUGUUAUGAGCAACCGCAAUCUUUCCGUGGUCGAUAUGAGCAGCACGCUCAAGCGCUCUGGCUCCAUAGUAAGCAAGGCGCCAUCCGAAGCGAUGUCGUCCAUGUCGUACAGGUCGAACGCCAAAGACUUCCGAUCUGCAAUGAGAUGGCCCGGCAGAGGUAAUCGAGCUAAAGGGAAAUUGUACCCACCCAGCACAGCUGGCUCCUCUCGAACCAGCUUCGACGAUGGAAGCGGGUUCUGGUCACCAGCUCAAAGCAGCAAAUAUUCCUACAGCAAGACUCUUACAUCUGCAUCGGUCGGCAGUUUUUCCAACAUGUCUGCCAUGGCCGAUUUCAAGCACUCGAUCGGCUUCGCCAAUGCCUUGUCCUCUGCAAUCAUCCGGGAGGAGACCAGCGGUGGCGAAUCCGAGUCAUUCUCUGUCAAUGGAGGCUUGCUGGAAGAUGAAGCGCUUGCUUUGGAGGGAGCGCCAUGGGCCAAGGAAGGCCUGCUCAAGCACAAACACCACCUUGAUGCACCUGACCGAAAGUCCAGAGAGCGCAACUGGAACGAUUGUUUCGCCGUCAUCAGCAAGGGCAAACUGACUCUUUUCGCCUUUGGCACCUCCACUUCCAAACAGUCGAGUUCUAGAAAAGCGCAACUUGGCAGAAUUGGCAAGGCAGCCAGCGUGACCGGGGCAAGAGUCGGUGGUGGUGAUUGGAUGGAGAACGCAGAGCAGCUUGAAGUGUUCGUGCUACGACAGACAAUCGCAUCCACCCUACCACCCCCCGGCUACAGUAAGGCUCGGCCGCAUGUGUGGGCUCUCAGUCUGCCUAAUGGAGCAGUACAUCUAUUCCAAGUCGGCACUCCUGAGAUCGCCAUCGAAUUCAUGACAACUGCCAAUUACUGGUCUGCGCGUCUGAGCAAGGAGCCACUGUCGGGUGGUGUGUCGAACAUUGAAUACGGCUGGUCCGAACACGUCAUCAACUCCGCCUUGACAGAUCGAUCCGACACGUUCAGCACACCACCUUCCUCAAUGGCUACCAGAGGUCACAGCCACAGCAUAUCGACCGACCGUCCGGGGAGGGGUAGUCUGCAAUCUUCGCUUCGCUCCAGCUUCGACACCGGCUACGGCAGCAGCAAGAUUAGACUGCCAGCGGACAAGGUUAUGAUACAUGAGUGGCAUCCCCCGACGCAGUCAAUGAUGGCUAGUCAACUGAUGGAAGUGGAUCAGCUGAGGCAACUGACUGCGUACGUGCAGAACUCAGAACAGGAGCUCGAGAAGCACAACGAGCUUAAGCAUGCCAUCGAGCUUGCGUACUCGCCCCGCCACCCCAAUUUCGCCAAAGCCAUGGCCAACUGGCAGCGCAAAUCUGACUAUCUGCUCCGCGAGAUUGUCAAGUUCCGAACGUACAUUGACAGCUUGUCCGCGGCCCAAAAGGCUAAGGAGGCCUUCUAUGCAAAGAAGGCAGAAGGCAGGCCGUUGUCGCGCUCAAGCCGUCGGGACGAGGAUGCGCAAGAAGCUCCGAAGAUCGAUGAUGUGCUGGCCCCGCGAGGAAUUCACACUUCAGGUUAGAAGCGCUGGAGAUGGUCAGCGUUCCCCAACGGGCAGUACUCCACAGAAAAGCGGCGCCUGGAGAGGCGGAAGACGCUUGGAGAUGUAUUCGUGUACGAGUAAGACAGCUUCUUCUGAUACACCACACGACAGUUUUCACAUGUUGAGAUGGGAUAGCGAGGCGUUUCGAGUGGGAGACACGAGCAACGAGGAUAUCGCAGGUUU